AUUCUAUUGAACAACCUUUAAAUCAUGAAGAGAAUCGGACAGAUUCUAUUGAACAACCUUUAAAUCAUGAAGAGUUUCGUGACAACAUAACAAAAGAACAACCAACGUCUCACAGUUUUACUCAAAUAAUUGAAGAGAAUGUUGUACCUCAUGAUCAAAGCGAAGAGCAACUUAAUAAAGGCUCUCAAGAGGAUGAUAAAUUAACUAACUACAAACAGGAAUCAACUGGUGAAACAAACCAUGAUUCUGUCCAAGAAGAAAUAGUUACUGUUCUCGGUGAAGGAGUAGUUAAUACUCCACCGAGUUUGUGUGUGAUAGAGAUAGAUAUGCCAAAAAAUCAGACAAAAAUGCCUUCAUCCAUCUCUGACAAUAAUACUAUACAGAACCAGGUUUCGCUUGAACAAUCUGUCGAACCAGAUUGUCAAUCUCCAACGCCAGAGUUAUCUAAUAUUCCGCAACCAUCCCUUGAGCAAUCAUUACCUAAAAUUGGAUUAAUUAAUCAAAGUGAAAAUAACAAUAUGGAUACAGAUGAUAUUCUCGUUUCCCAAAUUGAUCAAGAUUCAAUUUCCAAAUCUUUUCGCACAAAAGCAGCAGAUCUUUUUGACGUCCCAAAUAAUGUUGUUACUACGGGUGAUACGUCACAUUGUGAAUUUGGCCCAAGUUCAAAUCCUAAUACUACUGAAAACGCACCUUCAUGGGAUAAUUCUGUUAAUAAUUCUACAGAAUAUAAUUAUGGCAAAGAACCUCGUAGAUGGCGAGGCCGUCGUUCCCCGAGUUCUCAAGCUGAUAAUGAAAAAUCUGACCAUAAAAUUCCAUUUAAUCUGCCUAAAUUAACCGAUGCAGAUUUUCAGGCCUUGCCAUCUGGAUCACGUUUAUUUUUAGGAAAUUUUUUUGGUUUUGUUCAAUAUAAUAACCCAGAAAGUGUUAAAAAAGCUAUUGAGAAGGAAAACGGUUUGGAAGUCUCCCAUGGUAAGCCAUGGCAUCAUAUACCACCGAAUGAGGAUGGGUCCAAACCUUCGUUUGCCAACCGGCAAGAAAAACAUUGGAAUCAAAGAGGAUGUAAGGAAGAUUGGUACCAGAAUGAUCGUGAUUAUCCUCCGGGGCGAGGGCAUCAAGGUCAAUCUUAUCCAGAUCGUCGAUAUGAUGAUUACGAUCGUCGGAAUACUGAUUAUAAGUUUGACCGUCGUGCUUCAUAUGAUUCAAGAGGUGGCUACGAAUAUUCUGAUCAGAGAGAUUAUCGUUCUCCACAAGAAUAUCGUGGUGAUUAUAAAGAUGAACAUGAAUAUCGACCUCGGGACGAUAGAGGAUACCGUCGUAGUUCAUAUCGUGAUGAGCAUCGCGAUGAAAGAUAUGCACAACGUUCGAAGCCCUACAGAAUUCCCUCUAGGGAUUAUAUGGAACGAAGACAAAGUCGUGACCAUCCUUAUCGAUCCCAAUCUCAUGAUGAACCUGAUGAUGAGUUUCCCUUACCUCGGCGCCAAGGAAAUGAUGUCCCUGAAUGUCAAAUAAUCGUACUUGAAGAAGUGGAACGUCUCCAGAAGAAACUUCAAUUAAAAUGUACUAUCCCAUUUUUACAAAAUAGUAAUUUUCUUUGGCAAGUAGAAAGUUCUUUCCGCGAAGCAAAUAUCACUGUUCAUACCCUUCAUUUAUCUCGAAAACUUCAUAUUCAAGCUGUUAUUCGCCAAAUGAUUGUUGAAGGAGUUCAUGCGGUUGUUUUUAUGGAACGGCACAAUGCGAUAAACGGUCGUGUAAAUAUGCAAAUAUUCGAUCAAUCUCGAGUAAGAGAUAAUGUCAAAUAUGAUGAAUACAAUAAUAUUAAAGUUGACGAAGCAGUUAACCUUUUAUUGAGAACUCGUAUUCUGCAACGGCAGGGCGAUCUUAGACCGCCAGAUAACCUAUUGCUUAGUGGUCAACCAAAUUUAUCACAAUCACAACAAGGACAGCCAGGUCCAGCUGGACUUCAUCCAAUAUCUUUAAGUAACGUUAAUUUUGCCGCACUCGCAAAUCUUCUUGGGACUCUUCAACAACAACAACCCCCCACUAAUCCUAACCAGGGGAUUCAACCAAUGCCGAUGAUUCCAUUAGGAAGUAUUCAACCUUCUCAUCCAGGUCUGUUGAAUCAACAACAGCCUCAAAACAUCGAUGUUCAACAGUUACUUAGACAACUUGCACCCCAAAACACCGGGCUUCCAAACCAACCUCCUUUUAUGCCUGUGCCCCCACAUAUGGCACCUAACCUUGGCCCACCACCUUCACCCUAUAAUGCCCCGAUGGUGGGCCAACCUCCCAGUAUCGUUCCUCCUAAUCCCAUUACACCUAAUGGGUUGUCCCUAACUCAGCAUCAAUCUCAACAUAUUAAUCCCAAUGUACCACAAUUUUCAACUACAAUUUCUACUGCUUCUAAUGUGACAGACUUAAUGGCACAGUUCAAGCAAUAUAGCAAUCAGCGCUAA